AUGUCAACGGCGCCUUCGCCCCUCGCCGAGCGCAGCGCUGAUGAGCCGGCAGCCGACGCGCUGAGCCGCCAGAUGGAGUGGAUCACGGCGGUGCUGUCGCUGGUGGCGCUGGCGCUGGUGGCGUUCCUGGCGGCGCGCGCGCGCUACUACGGCUACUGGGCGCGGCUGGGCGUGGCGUCGACGCGGCCGCGGCUGUUCCCGCUGGGCGACACGUGGGCAGCCGAGCUGCGCCGGCGCUCGCCGGGCGAGGCGCUGGCCGGCCUCUACCGCCGCCUCGCGCCGCUGCCCGCCGCCGGCGUCUUCCUGCGCACCACGCCGGCGCUGCUCGUGCGCGACCCGGACGUCGUCGCCGCCGUGCUCGACACCAACUUCGCCUGCUUCGCCGACCGGCACAUGAGGACCCGCGCCAGCGACUCCUUGCUGCGCGCCAACGACCUGUCGCUAAUGCCGGGCGGCGACGGGCGCUGGGCGUCCCUGCGCGGCCGGCUGGCGGCGGCCGUGUUCGGCGACGCGCGCACCGAGGCCGCCUUCCCCAGCCUGGCCGCCGUGGCGGGCCGCCUCGCGCAGUCGCUGCGCCGCGCCGCCGGCAUCGUCGACGUGCACGACUACGCCACGCGCUUCGCCAUCGACAUCGCGGCCUCCGCCGUCUUCGGACGACCCUGCGACGCCCUCGCACGUCCCCAGAACGAUUUCUCGCGCUGGGUGAAAGACAGGAAGAACCCGCUGGCGGAGUACUUCCUGGAGGCGAUGGUGAUGGACACGGUCAACUACCGAGCUCUCACAGGCACUCGCCGCGCCGACUACCUCCAGCUUCUCAUCGAUGCCACCAAGAGCAGCACUCAAGAUGGAGUUCGGUUGAGACCGCGGCAACCGCAGGGCCCAGCGGCCACGGUGGCGGAGGCUGCGGGCCCUGCCGAGAGCUUCCGGCUGGGCGGCGUGGAGCUGCGCGCGCUGCCCGUCUGGUACCUGGACUCCGGCGUCGAGACGGUCGCAUCGGCGCUCGCCUUCUGCCUGCACGAGCUGGCGCUCGACACGCCGGUCCAGGCGGCGGUGCGCGCAGAGGUGGACGCCACCCUGCGCCACCACGACGGGCAGCUCAGCUACGCCGCCGUCAAGCACCUACCCUACCUGGACACCGUGAUCGCCGAGACGCUGCGGAAGUACCCGCCCGUGGAGACGGUGACGCGCGUCACCAACGGCGAGUUCCGGGUGCCGGGCUUCUCGGCGACGCUGCCGCGCGGCACGCUGGUGCUGGUCUCCGUGCUGGGCCUGCACCGCGACCCCGCCUACUUCCCAGACCCAGACCGCUUCGACCCCGACCGCUUCCGCGAAGACGUCCGCAGGCGCCGCCAUCCCUACGUCUACCUGCCUUUCGGCGCAGGGCCACGGGCUUGCUUCGGAAACGAGCUUGCUUUGCUGAUCCUGAAGAUGGCGGUAGCUGCAAUUCUUUCAGAGGUGGAACUUCGAGUAUGUUACCGAACCAAGAUGCCACUCAGGAUUGAUCCUACACGCAAGAUCAUGACACCGAAGGGUGGAGCAUGGCUUAACGUUCUUCCCCGGGACUGAGUUUGUGCCUUAACAAGGAGGCUACAACAAAGAUAGAAACGACAGAGCAUAAAGCUAUGUCGCUCCAUCAAAUGUGUUAAAAGUCAAAUGUUCUAUGUAAUUUGCCCAACUGAAUUGCAUUCAAUUUCUACGGUUUAAUCAUAAAUAUUUUUAUAUGUGUUUUGUGAUUUAGCUUUAAUUGUUUUUUUCCUCUUCUCUUUGUCUAUGGCAAGCAAUAAUCACUUUCGAAGAAGUUUUGGUGAUACUAAUAUGUACCUCUACACUUACUCAUAAAGUGCAAUUUUUCAAUAAAUUUUUUUAGAUUA